AUGGCCUCCGAGGCGAUCGGAACCCCGGCCGCCGACUCCCGGCCUACCAAAUACUAUUUCGCCUACGGAAGCAAUCUUCAUCUCCGCCAGAUGAAGCGGCGCUGUCCCGGAAGCAAGUUCAUCGGCUGUGCGAGACUCUCGCACUAUCGCUGGCAGAUCAACGAGCGCGGCUAUGCCAAUGUCGUCGAGGCCGAAGGCCACUGGGUCGACGGGCUUGUCUACGAGAUUGACGAGGAAGACGAGGCCCGGCUGGACAUCAACGAGGGCGUCUCCAAAAACGCAUACACCAAGCGAUACAUGACGGUUCUCCUCAACCGAGCCCAUUCUCCCCUGUAUCGCCGACCCACAGCUUGGAUAGUCGACAAGGGCGGCCCUGCAAAGGUCCGUCUGCUGGCACAAAACGACGGCCAAAAGGAGUCCGAGCACCCGCAACACUGGGAGCAGAACGUGCUGGUCUAUAUCAGCCUCAACUAUGUCGUGGACAGCAAGCCCAAGGAUGAGUAUAUCAAGCGCAUUAACUUUGGCGUCAACGAUGCCAAAGCGCUUGGCGUUGGGGACGACUACGUCAGCAAUUGCAUCCGACCUUUCAUUCCGCCAAACCAGAGGAAA